GGUCUUGGUGGGACGUCAGGACGGACUGAGACACUAACACACGCCCAACUCUGAUUGGAUCUCCGCUCUUUUCAACUUGGUCUCUCUUAAAUCAACCAUGAAGCAUGAGAUGGGCAGAGAGUCACUUUAUCAGAGUAACAGUUAUAGAUUCUUUGAUAUUUAACGAUGGAAACUAAUAGAAAGCGGUCAGCAGCGACAGCCGUGCGUUUGACAAACCGCCCCGUGACGGAAGAAUGGACGAUGUGAAAACUGUCCCGAGCCGGGAUUGAGCCUCAUGUCGCCCUCCUCCCCGUGCCAGAUGCCUCUGCGGGGCGACGGAGCCCACAAGUCCUCGGAGCCGCUGACCCCCGCCCCGCCCGUCCCGCCGAGGAGGUUCCGGGGCUCCGGCAGGACGCGGCGGGCCGGAGCCGCGGGGCCCGGGGCCGGCGCGGCGGAGCGGCGGGUGAAGUGCGUGCUGGUGGGGGACGGAGCGGUGGGGAAAACCAGCCUGGUGGUGAGCUACACCACCAACGGGUACCCCACCGAGUACGUCCCGACGGCCUUUGACAACUUCUCAGCGGUGGUAUCGGUGGACGGUCAGCCAGUCAAACUACAACUCUGUGACACUGCUGGACAGGAUGAGUUCGACAAGCUGCGGCCUUUGUGCUACACCAGUGCAGAUGUUUUCCUGCUGUGCUUCAGCGUCGUCAGUCCCGCCUCCUUCCAGAACGUUCCUGAGAAGUGGAUCCAGGAGAUCCGGAGACACGCGCCACUCGCUCCACUCGUCCUGGUUGGGACGCAGUGUGACCUCCGAGAAGAUGUCAAGGUUCUCAUUGACCUGGCUAGGUACCGGGAGCGACCCGUGGACCCGGCAGAUGCUCGGGACUGUGCCAUUGAAAUCGGAGCUGUGUCCUACAUGGAGUGCUCUUCGCUGACCCAAAAGAAUUUAAAAGAAGUGUUUGACACGGCCAUACUGGCCAGCCUGCAGAACUACAGCUCCCAUAAGCACCCGAGAGGGAAACAGAAACGAAGAAAAAAGCAAAGGCAGACCCCGGACAAGAUGAAGAGUCUGUCCAAGUCAUGGUGGAAGAGGUACUGCUGUGUGGCCUAGAGCAGUUUGAGUCUCAGAUCCGCUGUUGACUUUCAACUGGGUUUGUCCUCUGCCUGGAGUUGCUUCUAGUUUGGCUUUUUCUCUCUGAUGGAGCCUGAUGUUGAGCUCGACCUUGACUGAACCGAGGCCGGGACUGUCAUGGAUGUACAUUUUAUCACUUGUCGUGUCUUAUCACAGAGGAGGUUUACAUCUGAGCCCAGCCUGGUUCUAACUAAACCUGCUCUGAAACAAAUGCAGUCCCGACAUCUUUUUUACUAACCUGGUUUAAAUCUUAGCCGGCCUGCAGUGGUGCACUGGUAAUCCCUCUGAAGGAGCUGCUGCCUCUCCUGGAAUUAAACUGGCAUUUACCGGGACUAGCAGGGGACCCUCUCCGUGUCACGGCGGAAGAACAAUGUCGCUUUCGAUGAGACCGGUCUACAUUUGAACAAUGUCUGUGGUUGACACAUAUAAUGGAAUCGUGUUUAGUCUCAAAACAACCUUCCGGCCCGGGAAGGAUUGCUGUACACUCGUCACGAGGGCUGAAAUGGAGCGUGACUCGCUGCACCUAAUUUCCAACACUAAGGAUUAGAAAGAACAUCCUUGAUGAGUAACACCGCCUCUAUGACCAGCGUGGUGCUCGUUGACAUUAUUCACAUGAAAAGUAAUCCUGUGUUUUCUGACAUCAUCACUGGGCUUGAUUUAGGUCAGAAAUCAGUCAACAGAUUCGGCCCGUGGAUGAUUUGUCACAUGAUAAAGUGCUCACGCUGCAGCCGAUCAACCUAAUCUGACAUCUGGAUCAUGGUUUGUCUCAUUGGUUUCUGCAUAGUUUGGUUUUCCGUGCGUUUUUCUUCACGCGCUGCCGCUGCUGAAGGCCAAACAUCUCCAGACGUAUCAGCCAUGUGCCGCUUUGCUCAGUAUGACAGGUGACUUCUGCCAACCAGUAACCAUUACGUAUCAAAGCAAACUCAAGCAGUGUCACUGUAGGCUUCAGCACUUAAACAGAAUUAGCUCAACCUAAGCUCCCCGCAUUGGUUUCAAGUUACAAAGUGGAGACUGCUGUUUAUUUCUGGAGGAUUGUUGCCAAAAAUAACUGAAAUAUAUGGAGUUUCAUUUCCGAGCUUUUCAAUGCAACUGUGUAUCUAAGACUGUGAAGUUUGAAUUAUGUAAAUAUUCAUUGAACUCUGUUCUUAGUAGUUCUUGCGAACUAUACAUAGAUUUAUCAUGUCCGUUGCUCUGCGUUUUUUUCUUUUACUCGAAAUAUGCAUAUUAUGAAUACAAUUGUAGCCAUUGAUCAGAUCUAUCCUUCUGCAUCCAAAAUGCUUUAAUGCUCAUUUGUCCGUCCUAUAUCUUGUACGCUCUGUUCGUUCUGCAGCCUCUUCUCUCUUCAAUAUAUACAGUUUAAUAUGUUGUAAGGCAGAAAUAAAUAGGAAAACUUGCGUGGAGAGCAGCUGCCACACCUUCAUUUCUACAUCGUGGAUACUACAACAAGGACCGAACCCUGAAGGUCUUCCCUACGCUGCCUUCAUCCGAAAGACUCUUUGUGUCAGAGCAAGCUUGCAACCAGGUUGCUGUCUGUAAUGGAUUUAAGGCAGAUCUGUCAUUAUUUAGUCAGCAUCAUAAGCUCGCAUGUGGAUCAAGAACAGAAAAUGAUUUCCACUCUAACAUUUCUUCGCCCUGGGGCAAUUUAAACUCUGACCUAAACCCUCAAGAGAAAGAAACCAAGGGACAAGCUAAACCUUUGUGUGAGUAGUGACCCAAAGGUUAUAAGACGAGGUCAAGGGUUAACAUCUUUAACGUGUUCUCCACUCAGAAGGAAAUGUAUUACGUGAAAGUUGAACAAAUGUUCACAGUUUGGCAUUCAUGCAGGUUUUCCGUCUAGUUAUUGCAGAGUGAGAUAAGGCUGCCGGGACAUGCUCAAUCACACAAGAGGAUUUGUGCAAUAGACUUGCGUGGAACAUUUCACCUCUUUGUUUACUAGUCUCUUUCCAAGUUUCUCUGAUGCACACUAAGUGUCCCAAGACAAUGAACACAGCUGCAGCCGGAUAUUGGUCCCAACAUCUGACGCUUUGGCAAAAAUGUUGAUUUUUUAGUUUAGAACUAUGACUACAGAUUUGCAGACAAUGCUUUACUGGAGCAGUUUGGUAGUUUCCUGCUGAAGACGUUACAACUGCGACUGAAUGGGUUCACUGUGUCUCAAUGUUUUGCUCAUGAUAACAAACGCAUUGUUUCUUGCUCUGGGGAAAAAAAACGGCAUAAUAAGUUGCUUGUCUCGCUGUUUGUGUGCAGUCUUGGCCGAUGCUGGAUUAAAGUUGGGUAAAGGUCACUCGGACCCUUUUGAUAGCUGGCAUUUCCUCUGUCAGGUCUGAUCCGUUUUACCGAUUUAUAUAUAUAUAUAUAUAAUUUAUAGAGCACAUGAGUUUCUCAUCAUAGUGAGUAUGUUUGCAUAUAUGAUGGAUAUACAGAGAAGACAACUGCUGUGUUGGUUUAUUCCUGUUAAAAUACAUUAAAACAACAUAAAUUAUUAAAAAAACAAACCUGUAUGUUUAUGUCAAGGACUUGAGGAUGACUCCAUUCUUGCUUGGUUCUCUUCUCUGUAACUUCUGGAUAAUUAAGCAUAUGCUACUAUUCUUAAAUAUUAGAUCCUGCUAUACACUCAUACGUUUUUAACGCAGGUUAGCCAAAGCUACUGGUCCUACUGGACCAAGUACGGCUGCAGCAGAGGAACAUUACUAUUAACUGUUGCAUGACAAUGAUUGUGUUAUUUCUUUCAAAAAAUGUUUUGUUUUCAUUUUUAAUUUGAACUGCCUGUCAAGUGGUGUCCAGUACGGCAGAUGAGCGGCUUUGUUACGUUGAACCGAUGGGUCUCUGAAAGUGAAAUGUUCAGUUGAAAGAGGGUCAGAGAAGAGAUGUGCGGUCGAGUACUGCGUGGCACAUUUUGUGUUUUGUUGAAGGGUAAAAAGAAAUGUUAAUGUUCUGUUUUUGGAACAGGUGCCGUUGUUUGUGGAUUAAAAAUAUGACCGUGAUGGAGGAUUUCAGCCCACACAUUGUGAUUGAUGACAACAAAACAUACAAAACAAAACAGUGUCUGUAUGGGAAUGACCUCAGACUACUGGAGGCAAUUUAUCACUUGACACUUAAUUCCCACACAUUGAAUAAACAACUAGGCCCAUAUAAAGUCCCAGUGAGUUCAAACCAAAGCAGGCAGCCUGGGGAAACAGACGGGACGGUCCAUUCUUGAGAUGUCAUUGUUUUUUGGCAGUUGAUACCUCUAAAGCACACCUGGGCUUACUCACAUGGGCCACCAGCUGAGAGCCUCUCAGCCCACUGAGCCCGUGUGAAACAUCCUUUCUCCUGCAUGUAAAAACAUCGUGGCAGAGGGCAAGCCGCUGCGGCCUGUUCACGUUGAAUGCUCUGUGUAACCGAGGAUGUCAAUCAAAGGCCGAGGUGUUUGUACAGAAGUUUUAUACCCUGAGAAAUAAAGAAU